CGAACUGAGGCGCGGGCAGGCGGCCGGGCGAGUCGUUGAGUCAGCCAGCCAGGCUUCGUGAGAGGUUAUUGUUUGGAAGCAAUGAGUUUAAAACCUUUCACCUACCCAUUUCCGGAGACGAGGUUUCUUCAUGCAGGACCCAAUGUGUAUAAAUUCAAAAUUAGAUAUGGGAACAACAUGAGAGGAGAAGAGGUAGAAAACAAGGAAGUCAUCGUCCAGGAGCUAGAGGAUUCUAUUCGUGUGGUCUUGGGAAACCUGGAUAAUCUGCAGCCGUUUGCUACAGAACACUUCAUUGUAUUUCCCUAUAAAAGCAAAUGGGAGAGAGUGUCCCACCUGAAAUUCAAACACGGAGAGAUUGUCUUGGUCCCUUAUCCAUUUGUUUUCACUCUGUACGUGGAGAUGAAAUGGUUUCAUGAAAACCUGUCAACUGGAAAACCAGUAAACAGCAGUCCUCUUGGGUUGGUCCUGGCAGAGAGGAAAGCAGCAGGAGCCAUGACGAGGAAACGAAAACACGCAGAAGCGCCCAGCUCCCCAACCAGGCCAGGGCUGGACAGGCCCAAGAAGGGGACUUCCAGCCAAGAGCUCAGCAAAAAGAAGGCCCCUAUGGAAACCAGGAGGAACAGAGAAAGAAAAACCCAGCAGGAAUGGCAGGAGACCUCAGCAUUUGAUAUCACUGAUGUUCAGGACCAGGAUUCUAAGUGGGGGGACAGCCGAGCAGGGAAGAUUACCCCACCAUUGCAGCAAAACGAUCCACCUCCACCUGAAGGACGCAUGGAGCUGGGAACCAGUGGCUUCUUUGGGUUUCUAAGCUCUCUCUUCCCGUUUCGGUAUUUCUUCAGAAAGAGCAGCCAGUGAGCCUCCUAAAUGCAGCGGUGGGAAGAGCAUUAUCUCCUGCAGCAACUCCUCCCACUCCACUCUCUGCUUAUGACAUUCCAGUCAUGGGGAAUGAGAGCCCCAAACUCCCUGAGUCCUCUUGUGGGUUUGUCCUUUACAAUGGAAUGUCCAUUUGCCUCUUUACAAUGGAAUGUCCUUCCCCAAUU